GAGGUGGGGAGAGGAGGGGUGUCGAGGUGUGACUCUCGCCCCGGUCAGGGGGCUGUCUCUGAAGAAGACGCUCUGCUCUCUCCCCAGAGCCUCUCUGACCACGCUGUCGGCACAGACCCACCAGCAGAGAGGACAGGUCAAAGGCAUGCCAGCUUUUCCAUGAUGCCUGGCCAGUAACACCAGCCAUGACCUGGAGGGACAGGGACAAGAGGUAGUUUGGCCUUCUUAGCGAGGUCAGCCCGGAGCUCUGCCCGUUGAGGAGAGACCUUCAGAGGUGUUGAAUGAUGAGUGCGAUAAUGCCAACUCCUGCUGCUCUGUGGUGAACUGUGUCGCCAAACUCAAAUCUCUUUAGACCUGAAGCUGGACUUAGCCCACGGUCCUGGUCUUAGAAGGAAAUGCUGUCUCCUCUGUGAUCAUCCCUCAACUCUGAACAUCUUCCAUUGAAAAACUGACCACCUGCGCUAGGAGGCAAGGAUCAAAUGGGUUGAGAACAGCUGGCCCUCCUUGUUUUUGGCAAAGAGGAUUCUUUGAUAUAUUUUUAAGUGCCAGAACAUGAGACAGUAAAUCCCUCCUCCCUGCACUUCUGCCUCCUGCAAACAGCCCAGACUGCAGUCCAAGCCAGCCAGCUAAAGGGUUAACCAUAACCAGAUGCCUGAAUGGCUGCCUUACUGAUCCCACGGAGGAACAGAGGGAUGAGGACUCGCCUGGGCUGCCUGUCUCACAAAUCAGACUCAUAUAAUGAUUUCACAGCUAUUCUUCCGGACAAGCCCAACCGGGCUUUGAAAAGACUGUCAACAGAAGAAGCAACAAGAUGGGCAGACUCUUUUGAUGUCCUUUUGUCCCAUAAAUAUGGACUGGCUGCUUUCCGUGCUUUCCUGAAGACCGAGUUCAGCGAGGAAAACCUGGAGUUCUGGCUUGCCUGUGAGGACUUCAAGAAGACCCGCUCAGCAGCCAAGCUGGCUGCCAAGGCUCAGCAGAUCUUCGAGGAGUUCAUUGACGUGCAGGCUCCUCGAGAGGUGAACAUAGACUUCCAGACACGGGAGCUGACGAGAAGAAAUGUGCAGGAGCCCUCUCUCUCUUGCUUUGAUCAAGCUCAGGGGAAGGUGCGCAGCCUGAUGGAGAAAGACUCGUAUCCCAGGUUCCUGAGAUCCAAAAUUUACACUGACCUGCUGUCUCAAACCCAGAGGAGGCUCAGCUAGAGCAGCUGUGGGGCCUUCAGAAACCAUGUGCUUCCCACAAGAGCCAAAACCCAUGUCUAAAUGUGAAAAUUUCUUGGUGUUAAAAGCAGUGGGAAUGAGAAAAGAGGGAGAAAGGGAAAAGGAGGCUUCCAGAUCAUGAUCCAGGUGUGGUAUUAAGACUCUUUGACUUCCUGUGUUUCUUUUUUUGGUUAGCAGUAGCACCUUGCAGUUGUUGCCUCUCUCUAGCACAAACCCACAAUCCUCUCUAGUCAUGAGGUUAUCUGUUGGGAAGGCAGGUUUCCUUUAAAAUUACUGCAUUGGUUUGUGUGUAAAUAACACCAUGGCACCUUUCCAUCCUUCCAGACAUCUCCCUGGCUCUCACCUCUCCCCUGUGCUUGGAAGGGCCCUAAGGGCUAUUCUGACUCUUGUGAAGCCAUGUCCAGCCCAAAUCAGUGUCUCCCACACUGGCUGCUGAGGUCUGCACCCCGAGACCAAGGGGAGGGAGAGAGAAGGAGAAGGCACAUAGUUCAUGCUGCUUCUUAGAGCAGAAACCAUCAGCAAACUCAGCUCACCUUUCAAUUUUGGUUGUACACCUUAUGACACCAGCUGCUACCCCGUCACAGCCCCUUACCUUUCAGGGAUGGAGACCAAGGGUUGUUUUCCAUAGGACUGCUAAGGAGCUGAGAUUUUCCCAUGAGGAAGAUAAUCCCAAAUGCUCUCACUAGACAUGGUCAGACGAGUCUUCUAGUGUAAAUGAUCGUUUUUCAUUAAUAUUAUUUAUUUGUGCUGUAGCUCAGCCUCAGGAUCCCCAAUCAUUGCUCAGUCUUCGUUGUGUUAGGCACUGUACCAAAACCUAACACGAAGAGGCUUCUGGCUGCCGCAGACAUUAACAUGCUUGAUGGCUUCUCAGCAAUGAUCUGUCAGCUGCUGGGAGAGAGUCAAGAGAAGGAAUGUCCCCUCUGCCCCUUACUGAGAUGUAAGAAAAGCACAAGACCUGUCUGCUAUGGUAGACGGUUAUUUUUUAUGUAGUACCUGACCAGCGCAUGGCAACAUGAAAAAUCACAAUUAUGUUUUUAUUAUUCACUGAUUAUUGACUGUCGUUACCUACCGAUUGUCUACUGUGGGUUCAAUGCCAACUACUAAAGACAUAGACCCUGCUGCAUGGUGCUUGUUUCACACAGGAUACAGGGAAGCAUGGGGUGAGCAGGACGGGCGUCCAGGUGUGCAGUGGGGUGUGAGGUGUUCUUUGGCCCUAUUCCCGUAGCCUGGAUAGCCACUGCAGGAGAAGACUGUGCAGAUGUCAGUGGUGUAGCAGAUCCUCUGUGCUGUGCAAUAAUUCCUACCAUCUAAUGGCCCCAUUUCCAUGGCAUUGCUGUUCCAGCUUGUCAGAUUCUUGCAAUAUUUUCUACUGGAGAAGCAGACAGCCUGUCUUUGGAUUUAAACCUACAGACCAGAGGUCUGUUUUCUUAAUUUUAUGAAGGUCUGGAAAGUGACCCCAUGGAUCUUUUCCUUCUCUCCAUUAUCGACAGAGGCUUUAAACCUCUGCUCUGUACGAGGGUGGUGGGUAGGUUGGAUACAUCAGAAACCUGCUGAUAAAGAUUUAGUGUAGUGUGGUGUAAACUAGGUAGAGUGAAUUCUAAAGCUAAGCAUGACGUGUUUGGAAUGAGAUACAAAGAGCCUGUUUGUAUAUUAAAAAUUAAUGUCCAUGAACCAGGUAGGAAACAGUUUUUGAGGCUUUUUGUAAGGAUGCUGUGCAGAACAUUAGGACAAAUAGCUUUAGGAGCAAGAUGGAGAUGGUAAACAUGUUUGGUUUAUUUGGAGGUGUAUUCCUGUGGUUCCUAAGACACUAAUGUCCAAAUACAGUAGAAUUGCAAAUUUUAUAUUCAGUAGGGAAACCUGCUUUUCAGUACCUGUUCAGUCAGCAACAGAAUUCCUCAGGUCUUUGGUAGGCAAAUAUCAUCUCCAGUUAACCUUCCCUGAGGAGUGGCCAGAAAAAGCAACAUGCAUCCUGGCCACUGUUCUAAGCUGUCCUUUGCCACUGCAAGGACACCUGAGGAUCAGGAGUGUGGUGAGAGACGUGGCAUUCUGCAGCCACACUCAGGUUCAACUUUUGGAAUUGUAGAGGUAUAUGAUGUCCCUAAUGUGUGUCCAGAGAGGCAGUGCUCAAGGUCUGAAUGUUGCUUUGCAAAUUUGACUGUAGUGGCUUCAGGCAAACUGUCUGUGCUACUUGUUUGAAAGUGGGAGCAAUGAGAUAGGUCUGGGAAAUGCCCUGGAUUUGCCAUGAUUCAUCCAUGAACCAAGGGGUCCAAUGUUGUCCAAAGCUUUAUGGCAAAAAAGGUACCUGACAAAGAAGGUGUAGUGGCACAGGUGUCUGGGGAAACUUGUGUAAUGCUGUGGAAGAAAUCAAAGAUGGAAGGAAAGGAUAAAGAGUUGUGCAUCCAGUGGCUGUUCCUGGUGGUAUCUGGGCCAUAGGAAGUGGAGCAGAGUCACAUCCCCUGUAUAGCCCCCUCCUGAUACAGGGGAUGAGGGCAAACCCCCCUCCACGUUGUGGUGAAACACUCUCAGCAUUUGACUUGCAAGGGAGGAUUGAAAGCUUCCCUCACUGACUGUGAGGAGAGACUGGAAGAACUGCCCUUUCCAAGAAACACUGUCUAAUACACCUGUGUAACACAGGAUGGACUGGGAUCUCUCAGGGGCACAGGCUGUUUUGGCUGAAAUAAUUCCCCUUGAGAUGGCCUGUGGUCCCAGCUGUUGCCAGUGUCACUGCAGCUGUGAUCCCACUGCUGCCAAAUGGUAGCUCAGCUUCUUGACACUGUGGCAUCAAAUGAGUCCUACAAGGGGUAAAGAGAGGCCACCUUGUCUGCCCCUGCCUUCCUCACUUCCAGCUUUCUCUUGCCUGCACAUGCAAAAGGCAUCCCAGUGCUGCCCAGGAUGCAAGAGCCAGCAGCAGGAGGCUUAUGCAGUCAUAGCUUUUAUAAUGGCCAGUCUUCGCGAGCAAAGAUCCAGGGAAGGUCUUUACACCUUCCAGCCUGCGCAUUGGAUUUUUUAGGUGAGACACAGUGUGCGCGGAACUGAGCCCACCCUUUAAUCCUAAGGUUCAUCUGCUGGGGCCAAGCGAGCUUGGACGGUGGCAGUGAGGUCCUUAGGACGUAGAUGGAUUGCCUUUACAGGGCUAAUGAGCUCCAUCUGCCCGGGGAGUGUCCCUGACCGGGAAUCGAACCCGGGUCUCGGCAGUGACAGCGCCGCACCCUUAACCACUAGACCACCAGGGGCUCCAGUCAUAGCUUUUAAAGAGAAGACAAAAGGCCAUGUUAACUGCCUUGUGGUACUUCUCUACAAGCCCCUGACAGGCUUUCUGAGUGGGCUUGGAUGGUGCUGACCUCUAGUGCCUGCUGAUGCACCCCAGAUGAGGCUCUGCAGCAAAGCCCCCCAUGGUGGGGAGGGUCACAGAUACAGCCAGGAAAGGAGGACACAGAAGAAACAAGAGGUUUGUGUCAAGGAAUGGGAGUCAGGACAAUCCCCAGGCUUCCCUGAUGGCUACAAAGGCUGGUCCUCUUCAGAAUGUGACUCCAGGAGGUAACAUCUCUCCACAAGCUCCUCCAGCAUUGGUGCUGUUGUCCUUUCAGUUUAUGUCAGAACUCAUGAUGAAACUUCAAAGUAGCCAACACCCUGUAAAUCCAAACUCCCCACUCUCCUCCAUCAACCUGGGAAAUUGCUUUGAGUGGGCACAUCCAGAGAUGCCAUUGCUGCAGUGCUGACAGGAGCUGCAAUCACACUGGCUGAUAUAGAAGUGUUUUGCCCGUUAAAGUUGUGCCAGAUAACAUCCUCUGCGGGAAACAUCAUCCUAGAGCACAGAGUGGAGCAAAAGUAUUGUCUGAGGCAUAUGAGUCUAUCACAGUUAUUUUUGUUGCUGUCCUUACAGUUCACAUCUCUUGAAGGAAAGCAGACUAGUUAUUUAAAGCAAUAUUGUAGUUUUCUUAAACAAAAAAUUGGCACCAGUUGCUCCUUUUAUCCCAAAUGUCAGUCUGAAGUGAAUUAAAAUAGACAGCCUAUGGCUCUUCCCCUUAAACCAGGGGCUGAUCAAGGAAAUAAUGACUGAACCAGAACUUCAGAGAGCACUGAGUGAUGACUAAUCCCUAUCAAGGACAAAUAUUCUGUCUUUGAUUCAUCUCUUCCUAGUGUGAAAGGGAUAUUCAUAACUUACAAACCCCAUUUCUCUUCUCCACAAGCCCACACCUUCAAAAUUUUCCUCCCGUUCCUACUAGUGUCAGAGUGUGCCAUCACAUGAAGACGGGAAAAAAAUUGGUUCACUCAGCUGUUUUUAUUCUGUUUGCUGGUACAUAUCCAGUCAGCUCCCAAGUCCUUUGAUAGCAAAAGAGUUUACAAAUCUCCUUCCUCUUUUCUAUAAGCUUCAAGUGGUGUUAACUCCAGGAUGGAGAUGCAGAACCGCAAUCUGCUUUAAGAUUCUUCUGCUUUGGGAUGAUUUCCAUGACUUUUAGUGGACUCCUUAAUGUACAGAGGGGUCUGUGUCCUCACACUGGGAGGUGUGAGGGGCAAAGUCGCUCUGGUCUAAGCAGGGGAGGAAAAUUGAUGUGUGUGUGUGUCUGCAGGUGUGGGUGGGGAGAGCGCAUGUGACUUCAUGUGUACCUUAUUUAGUGUCCUCUACUACAGAAACUUUUCUGAGACAUAGAUGUGCAUGUUAAAGUAGGAGAAUUAGGCACAAAUGACAUAAAAUGAGAAUUUUUAGCCAGUGUUGUGUUUGCCUUGUGUGUAAGUUUGGCUAGUAUUAAGAGAUGUAAAACUCUGCUAGGCUUCCAGUUACCCAUAAGAGCACAUGUAUCAAACUGAACUGAAUGUUCACUGAUAGACACAAAACCAAAAUGUUUACAGCGUUCAGAGCAAUAGCAAAGCAUACCUCAUGCCAGUCCUGGAGUGCCUCUCACCCAUCAGUGUAAGCUCUCCCCUUCCUUGAGGCCUCUUGCUUCUCCCUUCAAAGCCCUCUCUCCUUCUAUGUCCUGCCCUGGGGAUCCUUCCUCCUCCUUAUACUUUCCUCCCUGAAGUUCUCCAAGCACCUUUCCUUCCUCCAGCACUGUCUGUCCCUGUAUAUCUGAGCCUAAGUCUCCCAUAACUCCCCCCAUGCCCUCCUGUUUCCCUACUCUCCAUCCCCAUCAAUCCCUUAUCUCUUCUUUGCCUUUUCCUUUCCCAGACAGUUGUCUCUGGCCAUGCCACCUCCCUCCUACACACCUCCAACUGUCAUUGUAAAGCUCCUAGUAGCUAUUCCUUGCCCAUUAUAUAAGAACAAAAUGUUUCACAUAAUUUCUGCAUUAUCUUUCGUUCCUGGGGCUGCUGCACUUGUCCUUUUCCUCGGUGCUGUGCUCCCUCCAGCAUCGUAGCAUUAUAUCCCAGAAUUAAAGUCCAUUUUGCUGCUAAAACAGAACACUUCUCUCUACCGUGCCCCCACCCUGGGCUUUGCAGAGGCUCUUCUUGUCCCCAGUAUUUUGUCUUCCUUCUUUUCCCAUCCACGCUCCAUGUUCUGUGCUUGUGGUAGGGGCUGGCUGGUGGAGAGGGUAGCCGUGCUGUGCAGAGGCAGUGGCUGCAUCAGCAGGGUCACAGCUGGGCUUCCCCUUCGCUUUCUGGUACAUAAAAAAUGGUGUCAAUAAAGGUUUUGUUGUACUUGUUUGGUGGAGUCAGCUGUUCUGCUCUGUGCCUCCUCUUGCUUUUACUGGAGGGAUGUAUCUCUAAUUUGAGACUACUCCCUAAACUCAAGAGUUCAGGGAACAGGGCAUUGGAGGGAGGUGGCAGAAGGGAAUGAGUUUUUUAUCAAAAAACCCAAACAUUUCUGGCACAGAAGUACAGAAGAAAAGGCAGAAGAAAGGUCCGUACUUCUGGAGGGACCUGGUGUACCAGGGAGCUAUGGGGACCAGCUGUGGGAUGAAUUGUUUGUCUCAAGUAGCCCCUCAAGUCCCAGUUUGCAUCAUGGGCUGCAUGCCCCAGGCUGGAUCUAAAACAUGACAGAUGAGGAGCUGCUCAGCUUUGCAUUUACAACGUAGAUAACAGUGUUAUCCUAAGAGAAAUGUCUUCACGUUGCUCUAUCAGUGCCUGCAGCCACCAGACAAAAAGCAAGAAGGGGAAGGAAGGCACCUUCUGUUGUGUUUACUCAUGCAGGUCUCUGCAGGAUUACUGGCAAUGAAGGGAGCAGGAUACAAGUACAUCCUGGGGUAGACCCCCUUCCUUAAAAACCACGAUUGAAGAUCUCCUCUCCUUAUAACCUCUCCCCUCUACCUCUAGAGGACUUGCUUACUCCUCUACAAGCAACCCAAAUCAGACAUGUAAGAGUUCAGAUUUGCCUUUAAGCUCUCUGGCACCUCCACCUUCAGAGGGAUGGUAGUGUCCCACUGGUAGGAGGGGGCCUUGAGGACCUGAAUCCAAACUCAAGCAUCAAAUAAGACUGUUUUAGGUAAUAAAGAUGUCUUGUUCCUGUGGAAACACACUUACGGGUGUCUCAGAAGAGACUGAGGAUGGCAGUACUGUAUGGGGUGAACUCAGAAGUGAGCCACCAGGUAGAAAGACUAGCUCAAAAGAGUUUCCCUAUGCCACAUUUUUAUUUUAAUGAGAUCCUGAUGCUGUAGCUGCCUCUGCAGUGUUUGGGUGCUGCUGGUGUGGGUAGAUAACAGCAGGAGCUGUUUGGGCAGACCAUGCAGGCUGUUCAGUCUGAUCUCUUCCCGGUCAGGGAAAGGCAUGGGCUCGGGUUCCGUCUGACCUUCCCUCUGCAUUAGCUGCUUGUUUGCUAGGCUCAUCUUCCCUGUGAGGCUGGAGAAACUCCUCGUGUCACCACAUUGUGAAGUGUUACUCACCUGUACUGUAUACAGACCGUGAGGAUGUAAUAAACAGCCUGAGACUA